CCAAAAUCUGGCCAUAAACUGGCCCCAAAACUGGCCAUAAACAAAAUCUCUGCAGCACUGUGACAUGUUCAUGAUGGCCAUAACGCCCACGCUGGAAGGUUGUGCGUUUACCGGAAUGAGGGCAAGGAAUACUUGGCCCGCCCAGGGUGGAAAACCACUUAAAGGCGUUCUUAAACCACAAACAAUAACAUGAGCGAUCUGUGCCUUAAGGACAUGCUUCUGCUGCAGAUAACUAGCCCAACCCAUCCCUUUAUUUCGGCCCAUCCCUUUGUUUCCCAUAAGGGAUACUUUUAGUUAAUCUAAUAUCUAUAGAAACAAUGCUAAUGACUGGCUGGCUUGCUGUUAAUAAAUACGUGGGUAAAUCUCUUUUCGAGGCUUUCAGCUCUGAAGACUGUGAGACCCUUGAUUUCCCACUUCACACCUCUAUAUUUCUGUGUGUGUGUCUUUAAUUCCUCUAGCGCCGCUGGGUUAGGGUCUCCCCGACCAAGCUGGUCUUGGCAGCUAAUAAUGGUAUCCAGAUCAAUACUGGUUUGCAGACUGCACUGUGAGUAGCACUGAUUUAUAAUUCAACACCCAUUCCCACUGGCCUUUCCAGAAAGAUUGAUAAUGAUCUUACCAGUAGAAAUGCUUGAAUAACAAGGUAUCAGCAUAAUAUUGAGACCCUGGGAACCAUUCCCACCAAUGCAGGUUACUGCAUACAUUAACAGGACUUUAUCGUUCCCCUGUCUUCCAAAAAUUUCUUGCCCAGGAAGAUAAAAAGCUGUGAAUAACUUUCUUGUUCUUUUCAAGAACUCCCCACCAAAUCUCAUUGAAAUGAACAUAAACCCAUUAGAUUUUUCAAUAGAUAGCAUUAAAAAGGGUAUUUACUCUCCAAGACUCUUGGAAAGCUUUGCCUAGGGUCUACCAGUCCUUAUCUAUUAUAUCAUGAUCCUUAGUCAAACUUAAUCAAGCACCAUCCCACUGGAAGGCCUGUCUUCAUCAAGAUUCCAAAACCUUAUAAAUAUCCCUUCCCCUACUCCAAGAUGCUACUGAGACUCUGCCAAGGCAGGGCUCUCCUUAUCAUGGUGUACAAAAAAUUCAGCUUUGCCUUCUUCCACAGCUUAUUUUGCUGAUAUUUUCUGGGAGCUAGCAUUCAACAAUCAAGACUUUACUCCUCCUUUUAGCCUUGCUCAGUGGUUUUCCAAGUUUAAUGAACGUAACAAUUACUGAGGAGUAUUAUAUAUGCAAAAGCAUGCAUGGGCAAUUGAAGGAAUCUCCAUGGGUAAUUUUGAUUAUGCCGCAUUUAGGACUAAGCCUUGCAUACAGAUAUUAGCAAUUUUUGAAAGAAUAAAGAACCACAGACUGUUAGAGCUGAAAGUAGCCCUAAAUGGCAAGACAUCAGGGUGUGAAUCAGCUAUUAAUACAUCGAAAUCACCUGAUGUAGUCUGUUUAAAAAACACCUAUCCCUUGGUUUCACCUGAGAUCGACUGAAUCAGAAUUUCUGGAGAUGGGGCCUGUGAAUGCAACAAACUUCUAAGGGACUGUGAUGCACGAUGGAGUUUGAGAACCACUGUUCUGUACCAACCAUUUCAUUUUGUAGAUGAGGAAAUGGAGACUCAGAAAGGGGAGUAAACCUUUCCAAGAUCACACCGCUAUUGAGCUACGUGUCUCUUAAUUCCCUGACAAGAGCUCUCGGGGCUGGAGAUACGCUUUUGGAGAUGUCCUAUAUCUGAUAUCCCGAACAAAAAUGAUUAAUGAUGUAAUCAAAACACACUUAUAUUUUGGCUUCUCACCAUCCCUUUAAGAUUUAUUGUCUAGGAGGAGUUGUAGUAAUCUUCCCAGGCUAGCGGACAUCAUGACUUUUCUGCUGUUAAGAGGCACCAACUAAAGCAGAAUUUUUUUUUUUUUAAAAAGGUAAAAUUAAGACUCUUAAGAAAAGAUAAAAUGAACCUAUACGGUGUUGAGAAUCUGCUGACUAUCUUGUUUGUUAAAUUUUAGUUCUACUCAGAAACUGUUGCUUGUCACUUUAUUUAGUUUAAGGAAAGGUGGAUGGGUUAAUAAAAGGCUGAGUAACAUCUCCUGGGAAGAAGCACAGCUGGCCCUGGCAGGAAGUGCAAGCGGGGUCUGGCCAAAGAUUCAAGGUCCAAGCAGCUACUCCCCACGGUUUCCAUUACUCAGAUCACGUGGCUUCUUGAGCACACUUCUUUGCUCCAUUCUUUGGUUUCCCUACUCCUCAGCAUGCACGUGGCUAGAAACAGCCACCCUAGUUUUGACUGCGAAUGAUCAUCAGUCAGGAGCACAACUUCUGACAACAGUCUCUCCAGCUUAGUGCAGUCUUAACUGGGGCUAGCUGAUCGGCUGCUCUUCAGUAAAGCAGUAUCGCCCUUUGGAUUAGGUGUUCACCCAGGUUCAAUCAGCUGUAGCCUAGAAGGAAGGGGCCACAAGGAGGAAACACAGUUGCCAAGGUGCUGCGAGUCUGUGUGUGAGAGACAGACAGAGGGACAAAGAGCCUGAGUGAGAACUUGAGAUGGGCAAGCUCAAUAACACGUGCCUUUUAAUCAUUUCCAGUAUGAGUCCUUCAAACACUGUGCUUUGCGUGACUCCCCUGUUAUCUCAAAUGAGUCUGGUUGUCACUCUCUUGCUUUUAUUUAGGCAGGAUAAAUUUUGCGGGAAGUCCUGUAGGAGCUCAUGGUUGUGCUUUUCCCAUUCAUGUUUCCACUACCAUGUGGGAUCUUCCUUUGUGUAAGCUGCUAGAAACACGGAUGUCUUACAAGAAUAAGAAGCCUCGGCUUUACCCGUGUCCACUCCAAGCUUCUCAGUCUUGGAUGGGAGUAGAGACGAGGAGGUUGACGGUCAUGGAUAGGUUCAGGAGUGAUUGGUUCUGCCCACUUUGGUGGGGCCUGGACACAUUUUGGUUCACUGCAAUAAUUUCUUCCAGGAGCUGCAGUCUUGUGGGCGCAAGACGUGGGCCUGAUAACCCCACAGGCAGUAGUGCUGGGGCAGAGCGAGCUCACCAGCCGCCGGCUGGAAGACCCCGGGAGAGUAGCAGGGUUGGGUUGGUUCUCAGAUGUGUUUUGCGCCAGGCUGUGUGGUGGGGGCACAGCCUGGGUAAAUGAAGCUUUCCGGCUCGACCGCUCCCAACCUGGGCACACACGGCCUCCUGUCCUGCAAGGGGCAGUUUUGGGGCAUCCUCCCUGCUUGGGGCAACACAGGGGCGCAAGGCGCGGCCCCGGGAGCGCAGCUCCUUCCAGGGCAGAGGGCGGCGCGAGGGAGGGAGCGAGGGAGGGAGCGAGGGAAGGGAAAGGCGAGCGUGAGCUGCCUCAAAUGCUUGGAAUAAUUCCGCUUCCGUUUGGAAAGCCGCAGCCUCAGUCCCGCCGCCGCCCGCUGCGUCCGCCCAGCGCCAGCUCCGCGUCCCGACCAGCCCGCGGCAGCCUGCGCCGCGCCAUGGCCACCUCCCCGCAGAAGUCGCCUUCUGUCCCCAAGUCUCCCACUCCCAAGUCGCCCCCGUCCCGCAAGAAAGAUGAUUCCUUCUUGGGGAAACUCGGAGGGACCCUGGCCCGGAGGAAGAAAGCCAAGGAGGUGUCCGAGCUGCAGGAGGAGGGAAUGAACGCCAUCAACCUGCCCCUCAGCCCAAUUCCCUUUGAGCUGGACCCUGAGGACACGAUGCUGGAGGAGAAUGAGGUGCGAACAAUGGUGGAUCCAAACUCACGCAGUGACCCCAAGCUUCAAGAACUGAUGAAGGUAUUAAUUGACUGGAUUAAUGAUGUGUUGGUUGGAGAAAGAAUCAUUGUGAAAGACCUAGCUGAAGAUUUAUAUGAUGGACAAGUCCUGCAGAAGCUUUUCGAGAAACUGGAGAGUGAGAAGCUAAAUGUGGCUGAGGUCACCCAGUCAGAGAUUGCUCAGAAGCAAAAACUGCAGACUGUCCUGGAGAAGAUCAAUGAAACCCUGAAACUUCCUCCCAGGAGCAUCAAGUGGAAUGUGGAUUCUGUUCAUGCCAAGAGCCUGGUGGCCAUCUUACACCUGCUCGUUGCUCUGUCUCAGUAUUUCCGGGCACCAAUUCGACUCCCAGACCAUGUUUCCAUCCAAGUGGUUGUGGUCCAGAAACGAGAAGGAAUCCUCCAGUCUCGGCAAAUCCAAGAGGAAAUAACUGGUAACACAGAGGCUCUUUCCGGGAGGCAUGAACGUGAUGCCUUUGACACCUUGUUCGACCAUGCCCCAGACAAGCUGAAUGUGGUGAAAAAGACACUCAUCACUUUUGUGAACAAGCACCUGAAUAAACUGAACCUGGAGGUCACAGAACUGGAAACCCAGUUUGCAGAUGGGGUGUACCUGGUGCUGCUCAUGGGGCUCCUGGAGGGCUACUUUGUGCCCCUGCACAGCUUCUUCCUGACCCCGGACAGCUUUGAACAGAAGGUCUUGAAUGUCUCCUUUGCCUUUGAGCUCAUGCAAGAUGGAGGGUUGGAAAAGCCAAAACCGCGGCCAGAAGACAUAGUCAACUGUGACCUGAAAUCUACACUACGAGUGUUGUACAACCUCUUCACCAAGUACCGCAACGUGGAGUGAGGGGCUGCCCUGGGCCCCCCACUGCCCAAGAGUUCUUGCUGUUGGCAUACUGGACCCUCCUCCGAACUGCCUUACCCUGCUUAUUCCUGUCUCUUGCACUGUGCUCUCCCACAAGUCCAGCUGCAACCCAGAGAUAGUGGAAACUGAAAUUAGGAAGAAAUCAUCAAUAACUCAGUGGGCUGACCCAUCCCUCCCAGGCACUGGGGACCAACCUAGCAAUGAAGAUUGGGAAGGUUGUUCCCAUCCUGGUGCCAGGUCCAGAUUUCCCUCCAUGAUUUGGGAACCAGCUUAGGCAAAAAAGUCCCCAGAAGAUGAAAAUAAAGAUCCUAGUUACCAUUCAAAGGAUGCUAACUGUGUGUCAGGCCCCACACUAAGUGCUCUGCUCUGAUAUACUCAAGGCCAUUAAUCUUCAGGACUCCCAUUGAAGUAGGUGUUUCAUUCCCCUUUUACAGAUGAGGAAACUAAGGCUUGGAGGUUAAAUGACUUGCCAGAAGUUGGAAUUUUUUUCCUCUUUGAACAUAACCUCUCCCUUCUCCCUAAAGGUAACCACUAUUCUGAGUCCAAUCAUCAAGGUUUUGCUUUUCUUUUUAGCUAAGUAUGCAUUCCUCAAUAGUAGACAGUACAACAUGUUUAUAACAAGCCAAUUACAUUAUGUUCUUUGCAUGUUCUAAAGUUGUGUAUGUGUGUGCACAUCUGAGCACGUGCACAUGUACACCUGAGCCAAAAACACGAGAACCCACUGAUCUCACCACUGGGGCAAGCUAGGUCAGAGCUUAGUGAUUCACACUGAAAUUGGCAAAUUGGAUUUAACCCAAUUAAUAGUGUGUGUGUGGCAGGAGUCAUGUCCCUCACAUCCUUUGUACAAAUGAAAAUUACUCUUAAUUCCUUCAGAUUUAUAAUAACUCUGUACUUUGGUUUCAGGGUGACAUUUGGGAAGGAUUUUGUUUAGAAUUAAUGGAGUGGCACAUUUUGCAGCCUUUUUGCUUGAUUGCAUGUAAUGGAAAUGCCCUAUAUUUUCCUGCAAAAUAAGUACUAAAUUCAUUAUCGUUAAGCAAAUGUACAAUAUGCUCAGGCACCGCAGAGAGCUAGGCAUGGGCCCAUGUGAGCAUCACUUUGGAAGUAGGGCUCUUCAACAGGGACCCUUGAACUUUAAAGAAAGGAACUUCUUUUUGCCUUCUAAUUGAUCAUUUAGACUAUUCUGGCUAAGUCUGCCCACAUGUAAUUACCGGCUAAUUCAAGCGAGGAAAAAUGUAAGUCAUUUAGACCAAAGCCAAGCAGUUUCUUUGCGUGGGUUACUCAAGGGCUUGUGGUUACUUGUAUCUCCUCUAUGUGAACUUGACUUUGAAAGACAGAGCUCUAGUGUGCCAGCCUGCUAGGUCCUGUAAGAAUAGGGAAGGGCAGAGGGGGGUAGGCAGUGACUAGGGGACGAGAAGCAUGGGGAAAAUAUUUGCACUCUAAACAUAUAGAGAUAGAGGUGGGGCUUGUGGUACUUAACACUUGUAGCCAUCAACUGACUGAGACCUUGGGCUAAAUAAUCAAUUGUGCUGAUAUUACAUCUCGUUAUGGAAUGUUCCUAAAUAUGCCAGGUAGACACCAGUCCAAGUACCCUCCUCCAGAAGUCUGUGACUACCUUGUCACUACUUUAGGCCCAUUCCACAAAGCCCAUCUCUGGUUUGAGAAAUUCGUUUUGAUCUGUGUCUACACCACCCAAAGUUAGGCCUCCUAUAGUGUCCAAAACAUUCCUUUCAGCCUUUUUAUUUCUUACUGUACUAUCUCUUACUGUACUAUCUAUCUGCAGUAAUUGAGGACCCAUAAAAUUUAGAUAACUACAUGUCUUUGCUCUUAGAAUUGUCACUCAGCAUAAUGAGCAUUUAACAUACAAAGGCAAUGUACUGUUUUGUGUUGAUCUAUGUAAAAGAAUACAAUUCUUUUUUACAUAAUUAGUGAAAUUUUAUUUUUUAUUAGGAAACACUAAAUAGUGUAAUAUUUCUUUUGCUUUUAAAAAAAUUCCUGGUAGCAAAUCAAGAUAAAUAAUUGCUUCAUUUUUUUGAGCAAUACUGAAGCAGGAUGAAGUAAGAGGAAUGCAUUCAUUUAAACAUGCUUUGCUUUAUGAAUUUUGUCUCUUUUUUGGUCUUUUUUUCUUAUAUUCAAGUUACAAAUGUACACGUGUCCUUACUAAGAGUGCUCCUUUUGUAUUUUACAUCUAUACAGUAUGAAAAUACAUUGGAACACUAGGAAAGUUUUUAAAUAACAGUUCUAAUUUAUCAGAAAA